CUCCUUCAGAAAUGGAAUCCCCCAAAGGUCCCUCUUCAUGAUGUCUACCACAGGAGAGGAAUCUUCCAAUUCACACGAACCUACGAGAUCAAAAAACUAGAAAAUACAGUCUUCAUCCGAGGUCAAUUCGAGGAGUUUCAAUUGCUCGAAAAACGAGCAAUCGAAGAGCAUAUGAGCAAGUACAGGCACCUCCAUUUUGGGUUAGUCCAAGUUGCUGUGAAGCCGCUGACUGCGAGUGGAUUAAACAGCUCUGUGCUAAUCUGUCUGCGGGAUCGUCGCCUCCUUGACUUCAGACAAUCUCUGUUAGCUGUUGCUCAGUCUAAGUUAAGUGAUGGCCCAAUUUAUUUUAAUUGCCAUCCAAGUUACUCGGUGUCUUUAACGGACCCACAUAUCCUUAAGACCAUAAACCUGAGCAUCAAAACUGAUAAUUUACAGGAAGAGGGAUCAGUGGUUUCAGAUCAUAUAGCUGUUUUUUACAGGGUUUAUUACAGAGUAUCCACUGACUUUCUUUCCAAAUCAAAAGUGUCUUCCUCUGGACGCAAAACCACUUUUGUAGAGACCAAUCUGCUAAGAAACGAUAAGGUCAAAGUUCCAAAGACAAUCGAAUGGGAUUCGUUUGAAGUCCCAGAAAGAUGGAACGUCAGAGACGAGUGAUCGAGCCUUGCAGUUAGGGCAUUGGCGGAUGAUUGAAUGGAGAAUUAAUGUUAGGAAAAAGUGCAGUGUGUAUUGUGUAAGAUAUCUGUAUAUCAUAUCUGCAUGCAUGAUAUGAGUUGUCUGUGUGUGCUUUUUAUGUUUUCCUGCUACCAGCCAUCAUAAGUGUUUGUGACUGCUGGUCUUGUUGACUAUGUUUUUAUUGUGUAUUUUUGUUUGUGUGGGAGCUGGUUUUGUUGGAGAAAAGUUAGGAUUUUGGAUUUGCUUGAUUGUUUACAAGCUGUGGAAUGUUAUUGUUGUUGCUCUCUUCAAUGGGUUAGGGUUCUCACCUAUGACAGAGGGAGCAUCGCAGGAAAAAAUGAUAAGGAUUGUUUUGU